AUGUCGACGCCACAAACGCUUCCAAUCGCCGGGGACCUAGAGGCCACCUGGAAUUUCAUCGAGCCUGGCUUGGAGUUUAUUUUGGGUGCCCAGGGCGACCAGGGCGUCACGUCCAAAAUGUACAUGAACUGUUACACUGCAGUGUACAACUAUUGCACGAACAAAUCUAGGAGCAGCAAUCCCUCGGCAGGAGCGAUGGGUCUUUCUUCCCGUGGAAUCACAGAAAAGUCCACCUACUCGCUAACCGGGGCAGAAAUCUACUAUAAAUUGGAGGAAUACUUGAUCAACUUCAUCAAAGGCUUGCGCGAGGAGCCCGGCGAGCUGUUCUUGGAAUUCUACGUCCGCAAAUGGAAGCGGUUCACGAUUGGCGCCGGGUACAUGAACAACGUUUUCGACUAUAUGAACCGGUAUUGGGUACAGAAGGAGCGUUCUGACGGGCGCCGGGAUGUUUUCGAUGUCAACACGUUGGCGUUGCUCCAAUGGAAACACCACAUGUUCGACCCAAACGUCAGCCGAAUUCGUGAUGAGAUCUUCGAAUUGAUCGAGCGCCAAAGAAACAACGAGAUUGUCGACACAAACAUCAUCUCUGUCGCGGUGAAGUCGAUGGUGUUUUUGGGUAUCGACGUCAACGACUUGAAGAAACCAAACAUGGUGGUUUAUGCCACGUGUUUUGAGACUUUCUUCAUCGAAAAGACCGUGGAAUAUUACCGCCAGGAGAGUGAAACCUUCUUGUCCCACAAUAGUGUGGUCGACUAUAUGAUUAAGUGCGAGAAUCGCUUGGCGGAGGAAAUCUCGCGGUCCAACAACUACUUGGAGGACCGCAGCAAGCGCUCGUUGCUAGAAACCAUGCACAUUGUUUUGAUCAAGAACCACGCACAAGAAAUGUACGAUCAGUUCAUCAAAUUGUUGGAGCGGAACGAGGUCGAACACAUUCUGCGCAUGUAUAAGUUGUUGGCCAAAGUGCCCAGCACGUUACAGGCGUUAUCCGAUGAGUUGGAGACCUUCAUAAAGACCGAGGCUGCUCAGAUCAUCAUAGAUUUGAAGGCUUCCACCGAGGCUCAAGAGGCACAGGCUGCCGCCGAUCGACCUCUGAAGAGACCUGCGCAAUCGGCUGUAAGCCCGAAAGUUUAUGUCCAUACCUUGAUAAGGAUCUACGAGAAAUUCAACGAGGUAGUAUUUAACUCUUUCAAAAAGGACCCAUUGUUCAUCAAGGCGCUUGAUAGCGCGUGCCGCUACUUUGUCAAUGUUAAUGUGGUUGCCAAACCAAAUCCAAAGGCCUCAAGUAAGAGUCCAGAGUUGUUGGCAAGAUAUGCUGAUGGAUUUUUGAAAGCCACUGGAAAAGAAGCAGAUGUCGAGAACAUGACAGCAGAUAACUUGGUGCUUGUUUUGAAGUACAUCGAGGAUAAGGAUGUAUUCGAGAACCACUACCGGCGCUUGUUAGCCAAGAGAUUGAUCAACAGUAACACGAAAUCAGAUGAGUUAGAGGAAGGUAUCUUGCAAAAAUUGCAGGAAGGAAACUCUUUGGAGUUCACCUCAAAGAUCACGAAAAUGUUUCAGGAUAUGAAGUCUUCAGAAGAUUUGAAAACGAGAGUGCGUGAAAUUAUUGGCUUUGAAACAUCAGUGGGUGACUUCAGCCCUUUGAUUUUAGCCCAGAGUAUGUGGCCUUUUCUGCACAAUGAAGAUUACAGUCUCAGGAUAGCACCUGCUUUACAACGUACACUUGAUGUUGUGGAAGAAGAAUACAGCAAGAAACACAAUGGGAGGAACUUGCAGUGGCUCUGGAACCACGGCAAGACCGAGGUGAAAGCAAACCUCGCAAGAAAGGGUAAGCCACCGUUUAUUUUCACUGUUUCAAAUGUGCAAUUGAUGAUUCUCCUCGCAUUCAACGACGAAACAACCCACACAUAUCUGUCACUCAAAGAAACUGUGGGCGUCGCGCAAAACGUUCUCGAUGCACAUCUUUCUCCGUUUGUGAAGUUUAAAUUGUUGGAGCAGACCCCAGCUGCUCCGCAACAGAUGAGCGAGCCACAAACGACCUUCACUAUUGUUGGCGAGUACAAGUCCAAGAAAUUGAAGGUGAACUUUGUAAGCACCAUCAGAACUGAACAGAAACAGGAAGAAGACGAGACGAGCCGCGAGAUUGACGAGUCGAGAAAGAAUUACCUCACAGCUAGCAUUGUUCGGAUAAUGAAGGCGAGAAAGACCAUGAAACAUAACGACUUGGUGAACGAGGUUCUAGUCCAAGCUCACUCCAGAUUUAAGGCUAAGCUCAUAGACCUCAAGAGAGCGAUCGAAUACUUGCUUGACAAGGAGUAUAUAGCACGCCGUGAGGGUGACACAUUCGAGUAUUUAGCAUGA